AUGGAGAGCAGAGGCCCACUGGCCACAUUGCCUCAGUGGCCGCCUCUGCUGCUGCUGCUGCUGCUACCACUGCCUCACAGCCCCCAGGGACUGGCCCUGACAUUUCUUCCUACCCAGAGGACCCAGGACCCUCCUGCUGUGCACCUCAGCAAUGACCCAGGACAAAAGCCUGUCACCAUCAUGACCUAUAACCUUUCUGAGAUCACAUAAACCUCCUCCUCCUUUGAGUCUCGAACUAGAGAUCCAGAAGGAAUGAUUAUCUAUGGUGAUACCAACCCAAAGGAUGACUGGUUUGGGCUGGGACUUCGGGAUGGCAGGUCUGAGAUCUAAGUGCCCAGUCACUGAGCCCAGCUUACAGUGGGCACUGGACCCCGGCAGGACGAUGGGAGGUGGUACCAGGUGGAUGUGAAAAUCCUUGGGGACUCAGUGCUGCUGGGGGUGGGUGGGGAGGAGGUGCUUGCUGGACAGGUCUCUGGGCCUCUGGCCAACAAACCCCAGCCCAUCAUGAGGAUUGCUGGGGGGCUGCUACUCCCUGCCUCCAACCUCCAGUUGCCGGCCCAGACCUCAGCGUCUGCCCCCACUAGCCUCAGAACCUGUGCUGUAGAGUCCCAUCAGAUAUUCUUCCCUCCAGGGACUUGUGCAGAGUUCAGUUUCCAAGACAUUCCCAAGCCUCAUGCAGAGACUUGGGCCUUCUCUCUGGACCUGGGACUCCAGCUGGCAGCAGGCUCCAGCCACUUCCUUGCCCUUGGGAGUCCAGAAAAUCCUUCUUGGCUCAGCUUUCACCUCCAAGAUCAAAAGGUGGUCCUGUCUUCUAGGUUGGGGCCAGGGCUGGAUCCGCCCCUGGUCUUGGGACUCCCUCUUCAGCUGAAGCUGGCUGUGUCCAGGGUGGUCUUGAACCAGGGGCCGAAGAAGGAGAUCCUUGUUCUGCUCCCCUUGGGCGUUAGCUCCCUACUCAACCUCUGGGUCCAGCUGCAGGGGUGUCUCUUCCUGGGGACUUUUCCAGGAGAGGACUCUUCUGCUUCCUUUUGCUUGGACAGCCUCUGGGCACAAGGCCAGAGGCUGGACAUGGACCGGGCCCUGAGCAGAAGCCAAGACAUCCGACUCAGAGCCUAG